AUGGUACACACUAUCUACAUGUUCUUCACUAUGCAAACAGCCUCAGUCAAGGAUGACGUUCCGGCCCCGGUCGCCGUCGAGGCCCCAGGCGCCAAGGAGACCAGCAAAGCUGCUUCCAGGCGAUCCUCGGAGACAGCCAUUGCGGCCAAGGCCGAGAAGGUGUCAGAGCCGUCAGCCAAGCCCAAGCGAAGUGGCUUAGAUGGCUCAUUGUGGGCCGAUUUGGAGGAGGAAGAUGAGUUUCAGGAAGUCCUUGCUGCAAAGCUUCAGCAGAGCGAGGGUGCGGCGCCGUCGGCAUCCUCGAAACCGGAAAAGCCGGCACCGGCCAAAGAGGAGGUGCAGAUGCAGCCGGAAGCUGAUGCAGGCGAUGCUGACGCACAGAGGACAAAAAAGAAGGCGAAGGCCAAGAAAGUUCGAGAAGGUGCAGCACGGAAGGACGAGGCGCCCAACCCUUGGGCAGCCAGGAUCCGGUCCUGUGGCAAGGCCAAGGAUUUGGAGGGCGCUUUGCAGGUGGUGGAGGAGGCAUUGUCAUCGGGAGUCUCCAGUCGGCAGCAUCAAGAGAUUCAGAACGCCUUGCUUCACGCACUGAUCCAAUGUGGAGAUGCAGCGGGAGAAACUGCCACUGAGUUGUUCAAUCAGCUAAAAGCUGAGAAGAAAGCUGAUGUGGUUACCUUCAAUAUCAUGUUGCGUUCCUUGCUCUGUGCGGGCAAGCGCGACGAGGCUCAAUUUUUACUGCGUGACAUGAGAGAGCACGGCCUCUCCGCCAACAAGGUCACUAUCGCCGAGUUGCUGAGCGACCGCACGCGCGCGAAUGAUGCUGAAGGCGUGUGGCGCAUCGUGGAUUGGAUGCAGAGCACAGAGUUUGGCAUUACCAACGCUGCUUGUUCCAUCUUGUUGAAGAGGAUCACAGCUGAGUCUCCAGCCGAGGAGGUGGAUCGCACCUUCGCGCUGAUCGAGCAGCUCUCGGAGCCGCUGGAUGAGGCGCUCUGUUCGCAGGCCGUGGAGGCGGCGGUCCGCACGCAGAAGACGCAGCUGGCGAGUCGCUUCAUGGACACGCUGGGCACCCUUCGCAGCAAGAAGACGAGUGGCAGUGCUGCCACCUUCGGAUCCAUGAUCAAGUUGCAUGGGCAGAACACAGACCUGCAACAAGUUUGGUCCACCUGGAAGUUAAUGCACGAAAAGGGCAUCAGCCCAUCCUCCGUGACGCUGGGAUGUAUGGUGGAAGCGCUGGUGAACUGCUCCUCGGUUGAGGAGGCCGCGAAGCUUGUCCGUGAGACAGCAUCCAAUGGCGACAGUUCGAUUCUCAACACAGUGAUCUACUCGUCCAUCAUCAAGGGCUUCGCACAAGCGAAGCAGGCGGAGAAGUGUUUCCGCACCCUCGAGGAGAUGGAAGCGCAAGGCAUCCCUGGCAACACCAUCACCUACAACACCUUGCUGGAUGCCUGUGCCAAGUGUGGAACUAUGUCACGGGUCCCUGCCAUCUUCGAGAAGAUGAAGCAGAGUGAUGUGGAGCCCGAUCGCAUCACUUAUUCCACCUUGAUCAAGGGCUACUGCGUGGCAGGUGAGUUGGACUGCGCCUUCAAACUCUUUGAGGAAUUGAAAGCCGAUGGGAAGCUGGAUUUGGAUGAAAUCGUCUACAAUUCCCUGCUGGAUGGCUGCAGCCGAAAACAGAAGCCCCAGAAAGCGAUGGAAUACCUACAGGACAUGAUCAGUGUUGGUAUCCAGCCGUCCAAUUAUACAUUGAGCAUCAUGGUGAAGCUCCUGGGCCGCGCCAAGCGCCUCAACGAGGCCUUGAAGUUGGCGGAGGACUACCGCCAGGAGUUCAACUUGAAACUCAACGUGCAGGUCUUCACCUGUUUGAUGCAAGCCUGCCUGCUGAACAAGAAAGUGCAGAAGGCACUUGACAUCUACAAAGAGAUGAUUGGUGAGUUGGGUCGACUUCCAGACCGCAAAGCUCACACUGUCUUGGUGGACGGCUGCCUCAAUGCGGGUGCUUUCGAGGAGGCCGUCCAGGUGUGUCGUUGUGCCUAUGGCUUUGGUUCGCCUGAGCUUUCGGUCCGCGGCAGCAUCACAGUGGGUGUGGAACCCAAGGCCCUAUCGGAUUUGGCCAACAAGGUCGCCGCGGGCCGAGUCGGAAGCGUCGAAGAAGUUAUGGAGGUCUUUGAUGUGGCAGACCCCAGCGGCAAGCUGCGUGCCAAAGCAAGUACGCAACGAGAACGACCUGGUGCCACUGGGUCAGCGAAAGCAGAGGAGGGAUGGAAAGGUGCUGCAAAGCAACGCAAGAAGGAGGGUGGAGAGGAGAAGUGGGACUGGGAUUCCUGGUCUUGGGACCAGUGGGACAACAACAAGAGCCGCUCCUGGAAAGGUGAGUGGACGAAGAAAUCCCGUGGACGAUGAUGCGCCUCUCCGCUUCUCCGGCCGCCUGUUUGCGCCGGAGACUGACCACAGAGCGCCAACAG